AUGGCAUCUGCCUUUAACGCGUACAAGCACGACAAGGCCCUGCAGGCGGCACACCAGAAGCAGCUCAAGGCGCUCCUCCGCGAGCCGGGCAACGAGUCGUGCGCCGACUGCGGCGGCCGCUUCCCACGCUUCGCGUCGGUGUCGCUGGGCGUGUUUCUGUGCAACCGGUGCUACGGCAUCCACCGCGGCAUCGGCGUGCACGUGACGCGCACCAAGUGCGUCGAGCUCGACGCGUGGAGCCCCCGCGAGGUCGCCGCCAUGCGCGCCUUGGGCAACCGCCGCGCCGCCGCCAUCUGGCACGAUCUCUUCAUGCUACCUUUUCCCCCUGUGUUCUCUUCCCCCCCUCUCUUCCUUUCCCCCUCCCUCCCGCCCGUCUCUUCUCCCCCUCGCUCCUCUUUCUCUUGUACCCUUGUCCGCAAUCUCCACCAUUUCUUGCCCAUAUCCGCUGCUCUGUGGUCCCUCCCUCCACUUCCACCCCUUGUAUCCCUCUCCGCUCCCCUUCUCCCCACUUUCUCUCACACCACACGUGCUGAAUCCACCCGUCACCCUGCCAACCAGGGUAAGAGCCCCCACAUGAGUGUCAAUAAAUGCCUUGUGGUGCACCGCACAAGUCCGCUCGCUGCUGCUGCCACUCCUCCCUUGCUGCAUGCUCCCUGCCACCUGGAGCGACAGCGCACACAUCACAUGAGCGCCAGUGGAUUCGUUGGGGGCUCCUCCACAGUGCUCUCGAUACUUCCCCUCUAUCCCUCCCCCACCACACGCACCGUGCCAGUGGGGGUGAGGGCGGCCACAUGGGUGUCACAGCUGCCGUUGAGGAUCUUCCAAUGCCCAUACGCUACUCCUACCCCCCCCCCCCUCGACGCAGGCUCGCUGCCAGCGGGAGUGAGGGCGCCCACGUCAGCCUUAUCAGAUGCGGAGGUGGAGCGGUGGAUUCGAGACAAGUACGAGCGUCGCCUCUAUUACAACCCCGCUGCUGCUGCUGCUGCCACUUCUGCCACUCCUGCUCCCUCUCCCCCUGCUGCUUCGCCCGUCACUGCCUCCCCUCCCUCCACCACCCCGUCCACUCCGUGCCCCGCCUUCCCACACGGCCCCGCUGCCUCAACCCCGCACUGCUCUCCUGCCUGUCCCCCACAGCCAACCUCAACGCCCCCACCCACUGUCGUAGUGCCACCCCGUGCUGUGAGUGCAAGCAGCACAGGCGGCACGGCGCAUGCACGGCAGGGCGUGGAUGCGCUCAGCUCAGCCCGCCUGAGGCAUCCACCCCCCGCCACCACAGCAGGCUGUGCAGCCCAUCACGAGCAGCACACCCUAACAGCUGCUGGGGUCCCUGCAGGGCAGACGAGCCAUGCUGCUGGUGUUGGCUCUGGAAGCAGUGGUAUCAGCAAUGUUCUUUCAGUAUCAGGUGCCGGCAGCAGCAGCAUGGAUCUUGGCCCACGCAAGCAGGCAGCUGCUCCUCCAGAUCUGAUUGAUUUCUCUCAGUG